AUGAAUAAUACAAGGAAGGAUUUUUAUCUUUGUAAAUGGUAUGCUGAUAUAAUUGAUGAAGAAACUGAUGAUGUAACAAUAAUUUAUCUUGGAGAAUUAGAAUGGAAAUUUUUAAAAGUUAAUUUUACAAAUAUUUUACAAUUUAUUCAAAAACAAACUUUAAUAUCUCGAUUAACACUUUUAAAUUAUAAAUCACCAAUAUUUGAUGAUGAUUGUUUCCAAAUUAAUUCUAAUGGAAUAUCUGGCGAAUGGAAGAGAAAAAGUGAAUGUAUUUUUUGUGAGAAAUUAUUUGACAAUGACGAUGGAUAUAUUUUAUGGGAAUGUUUUAUACCAAAUGGAUUAGCACAAAUAAAAGUUAAUAAUAAAAUAAAUAAAGGUUUGGGCUAUGUAGAAAAGUUAACAAUGACAUUAAAACCUUGGCAAGUACCCAUUGAUAUUUUACGAUGGGGAAGAUUUUUAUAUGAAAAUCAAUAUAUUAUUUGGAUUCGUUGGAUUGGUAAAGAAGAAAAGUUUCUCAUUUUUCAUAAUGGAAUAAAAUAUUCUGAUGGAAUUAUUAAUGAUGAAAUGAUUGAAUUUGGAAAUUAUCGUUUAAUCUUAUUAGAAAAAUAUAUUUUACGAAAUGGAUUAUUAAGUGAAACAAUAUUUGAUAGAUUUGUUUGGAUUAAAAAGUUUUUUCCAUUCGAGUUUCUUGAUAUAAAUGAAUGUAAAUGGGAAACAUGGAGUGAAUUCUAUGAAAAGAAUUGUUUAAUUGCAAAAGGUUGGUCUAUUCAUGAAAAUGUUAAUUUUAAAUCGGAGAUAAAAAGUCAUUUUGGAAAAAUGUUUUAUGGAUUCUUGUUUACAAUUUUAAUUCCAUUAUUAUUAAUAUUUUGGUCAAAACAAACAGAAAAAUAUAUUUUUCUAUCAAUACCAAUAACAAAUUCAGUUGUUGUUUUAUUAUCUAAUUUUUUUGGAAUAAUUUUAAUAAUAUUUGCCAUGUUAGAAUUAUGGUUUAAAGGUGAUGGACUUCCAAUGAAUGCAUAUCCACCAUCAAAAUUAGUCGUGACAGGUGUCUAUAAAAUCUUUUCACAUCCAAUUUAUAUUGGAAGUUCAUUAAUAUGUUUUGGUUUAUCAAUGUAUUAUGAAUCUAAAAGUGGAUUUUGGUUUGUUUCUCCUUUAUUAACAUUAUCUUGGAUUUCACUUGUUUAUGGUUAUGAAAAUGAAGAUUUAAAACAAAGAUUUAAUAAAGAAUAUACUUGGAAAACAUUAUUAAAUAUACCAGAAAAUGUGAAAAUAAAAUAUGAAUAUGCAGAUAUCAUAUCGAUUUAUUGUUUAGUUUUUCUUCCUUGGUUAAUCUUCUAUGAAAUUCUUCUGUUUAUUAGACCACCUUCUUAUUCAGUAUCAACUUAUUUUGAAUUUGAGCAUAAUAUUCCAGUUAUUGAAUGGACAGAAUUCUUUUAUGUUUUUACUUAUCCUUAUGUUGUAUUUUUACCAUUGAUUUUGCAAACAAAACAACAAGUUCGUUGUUUUAUAAUUGAUGGUUUGAUGAAUAUGAGUAUUGGAAUUUAUUUACAAUUUAUUUUACCAUUUGUUGCACCACCAAAACAAUUUAUUCCAAAAACAAUCUUAGGUGAAAUGUUAUUAUAUGAACGUUCUUUUGAUGGUCCAGGAUGUGCAUUUCCAUCAUUUCAUGUCUCCUGA